AACAGACCUUAGAAAACAGGAGCGGAAAGCAAUCUCUUCCUCUCUCUCUCCCCUCGCUGUCCGAGCCAGCUGAGCUUGGUGCGAACUCGGUGGCGACUCAAUGGGUCAGGAAUCGUUUAUCUACAGUUUCGUCGCCAGAGGCACCAUGAUUCUUGCGGAGUACACCGAGUUCACGGGGAAUUUUCCGGCGAUAGCUUCUCAGUGUCUCCAGAAGCUUCCUUCCUCCAACAACAGCAAGUUCACUUACAACUGCGAUCACCAUACCUUCAACUUCCUCGUUGAAGAUGGCUACGCAUAUUGUGUUGUGGCUAAAGAUUCACUCAGCAAGCAAAUUUCGCUUGCAUUUCUGGAGCGCAUGAAAGCUGAUUUCAAGAAGAGAUAUGGGGGUGGAAAAGCAAGUACGGCUAUCGCCAAGAGUCUGAACAAAGAGUUCGGGCCGGUUAUGAAAGAGCACAUGAAGUAUAUUAUUGAUCACGCCGAGGAGAUUGAGAAACUGAUAAAAGUAAAGGCUCAAGUUUCGGAAGUUAAAAGCAUAAUGUUGGAGAAUAUUGACAAGACAAUAGACAGGGGGGAAAACCUUACAGUUCUCGCUGACAAGACCGAGAAUCUACGGUCUCAGGCUCAGGAAUACAAGAAACAGGGGACACAGAUGCGGCGGAAGAUGUGGUACCAAAACAUGAAGAUAAAACUCGUAGUUCUCGGGAUAUUGCUGCUCCUUGUUCUCAUAAUCUGGCUUUCUGUCUGUCACGGGUUCGAUUGCACGAAUUGAAGAAACAGACAGAGAGAAAUCAUGUCAAUGAUGGAAACCAGACAUCGACAAGCAUGGAUGCUCAUGCUCAAAGAUAUAUAUAUAUAUAUAUGAUCACAAGAGAGACAGAGGCGGCGAGGAGAGAAACUGUACUUUUGGUCCUGUAGUGAUAAGAUGUUGCAGAUAACAGUGUUUUGUGCUUCUCUGUGUUUUUGCAUUUACAGACUAAAUACAGUUAAACGAAAGCAGAUUACUGAAAGAAUCCAGUUCUUCCUUUGGUCA